GCUCAUUUCUCUCUCUCUGUCUUUCAAAAAGAGCAGUACUCCUUUCGCUCAAAAGAAAAAAGGUUCCUUUUCUUGCGGUGUGAAUCCUCUCCAAAAUCUCCAUAUUUUUUAUACCUUGGAAGAAAGAAAUCCUAGAGAGGAAAGAAGGAAAAGGAGGAUUUAGGGAAGGAAAUCUAUUGCGAAUCAGUUCAAGAAGCUAUAGCCCGAUCGGGAAGGGUACUAAAUCGCGUCGAGCGCUGGAAGAUUCUCGAGCUAGGAGUGCUUGGUUUAGGGGCAAUGACGCUUGAUUAUAGAGAGAAAAUGCGGAAUGAGGCAGUUCGGUUUGUGACAUACAACGUGAACUUUGCUUCUAGAAAAUUCUCAAACUACAAGAUAAGAGCUGACAGUAUAAUUGUCGAGCCGAACAAAGGGCCUGAAGCACCAUCCCUUAAAGAGAUUGUUGCAAAAGAGACUACCGAGCUGCUAGAGCGGCAACAGCGUCUCUCUGUUCGUGACCUGGCUAAGAAAUUUGAGAAGGGUCUGAACACUGCCACGAAGUUGUCUAAUGAGGCUAAGUGGAGAGAAGUGACUGACCGGCAUGUCCUUCUGAAGAAAUUGAAGGUUGUACUUGAAUCACUAAAGGGUCGCAUGGUGGGUCAAAAUAAGGAUGAAUUUGAGGAGGCAAUCUCUAUGGUGGAGACUUUAGCAGUUCAGCUGGCUCAAAGAGAAGGAGAGUUGCUUCAGGAGAAAUCAGAAGUGAAAAAGUUAGCGAUCUUUCUUAAAAAGGCUUCUGAAGAUGCCAAAAAAGUGGUUGAAGAGGAAAGGGCUUGUGCUCGUGUGAAAAUUGAAAGUGCUAGAGCAGCAGCGCAGAGAGUUGUACAGGCUUUUCAUGAACAUGAAAUGAAAACCAGAAGCACAGAGAAGCAGAAGGAUUUCGAACAGUUGAUGAGAGAAGUUCAAGAGGCACGAAGAAUCAAAAUGCUACAUCAGCCCAGCAGGGUUAUGCACAUGGAACAUGAACUUCAAGCUUUGCGUAUUCAGUAUGCUGAGAAGUCUAUGUCUUCUGUUCAGCUUAGGAAAGAGCUGGCAAGGAACAAAAGGCUUGAGGAAAACAUGAACCAGUUGUAUGAGUUAGAAGGUCUUGAAAGUUUAGGUUCAUCUUUACAUAUUAUUCCCCGAGAAGAUACUGCUCCGGAUAUCUCAACUUGCGCAAUUCAGUGGUAUCGUAUACAAUCAGAAGGAAACAAAAAGGAAUUAAUUCCAGGAGCAACAAAAUCAGUGUACUCUCCAGAGCCUUUUGAUGUUGGGCGCCUCUUGCAAGCAGAAAUUGUUUUAGGUGCUGAAAGCAUAACAAUUGCAACAACUGGUCCAAUAGAUCCUGCUGCAGGACUAGGAAGCUAUGUAGAGGCACUGCUUCGAAAACAUGAAACUGAGUUCAAUGUAGUUCUUAUUCGGAUGAAUGGUGAAAAUCAUGCCUCAAACUCUAUUCAUGUGUUUCACGUUGGUAGGCUGAGUAUCAAACUUAGUAAAGGAAAGACGAUAUUGGCUCGGGAAUUUUAUUCCUCUUCAAUGCAGCUAUGUGGGGUUAGAGGUGGCGGAAAUGCUGCAGCACAGACACUUUUUUGGCAAGUUAAGAAAGGCCUUUCCUUCACAUUAGCCUUUCAAUCAGAGAGAGAGAGAAAUGCAGCGAUGAUGCUUGCUCGAAGAUUUGCUUUUGAUUGUAAUAUCACACUUGCUGGACCAGAUGACCAGGCUUCUUCUGGAACUUGAUAACCUUUUAUACUAUUUUAAGUAGCCUAGUGAGUAGUGGUUUGCCCAAAGUUAUAAAUGUAUUAUUAUAUCUAGUUAUGGAAAAUAGAUUGUACUUAGGAUCUUGUCAUUUUUUCUGCGGUUUGAUUUUCUUUUAUCAUUGUGAGCAUCAUCAAGGCAUCCUUUUUUUUGCCUUAAGAGUGGAUUGUAAGUUGUAACCAAUUUGUUUUGGCUUUUAUUAUCAUUCUUUGCCUGCCAGAAGAAAAAAAAUUCAACCAUUCUUCUUCCUUUUGUUUCCUAGAUCUACUUUUCUUAAUCUAGAUGCCACUGGAUUUGUCUUUGGCAUAGUGGCCUGUUAAAGACCAACAUUUCAGUGUAUAAAGAGAUGGAAUUGACAUUCCCAUACUUUCACAAUAAUUUCUAAGAGCCUUUUCUUUUUUA